AUCGACUAAUAAUCUCGGUCUGCGUAUUUUGAAAAACAAGUUCGUAUGACCGUUUGUCUAUUAUUUAUUAGUGUACUCGUAAAUCACAUCAAAACAUAAAAAAUAUAUGUUCGAAUAGGUGAAUCUAUUUAAUAUUAAUAACAACUAAACGGCCAUACUACGACGGAUAUACCGGAACGAAAAAACUCGAUAAUAGGCCUGAAGUAUAUUUAAAAAUAUAAUAACAUUCGGUCUCAGUGCUCCGGGCGACUCAGCUGCACGCUCAUUCGAAAAAUAUAUACCAACUAUAUAACAUUAUAACUAUCUACCUACCAGAUAAUAGCUAUAAGUUAUAACCAUGCGCAUAAUAUUAAAUUCGACAUAUUCUCGCGGGUCAAUUGCGCGCAAGGCCGCCGAAAAUCUCGAAACCGAAAAAUCGGCCGAUGCGGGCGAUUAUCGUAUAGUUUUACUUUUUUUCCGCGGCCUAGUUGUUCUCACAUAUAUAUUAUAAUGAAUAGGUAAAUUUUGUGCUGAGCCGCGUCUGCCGGAAAAAUGGAAAACGGGCGGGGACGCAACAAGUAGUCAAUAUACGUGACCUACGAAGAGAUAAAAGACGACGGGGAAAAAAAAUUGCCUACCAAUCUCCGCUUUCACUGUCGUUUGGUGCCAAAAAUCCAAAAGUUAAAAAAAAAAAAACAACAACAAACAGAAACCGCACACUCGCGAUCCUGACGGACGCCGCCGCCGCAAUCCAUCGCGCGCGGUGAAAGUGCCUCGAGCGGUUUUUAAAUGCGACCGUCGUCGGCCGAAGACUGCAGCAGCGGCCCAGUCGUGCCGGUACCUCCGAUCACGCUAUAUAUACUCUCUCAGAUGAUAUAUUAUCAUUAUAAUUAUUACACAGAAAUCGUUAAUAAAGCGCCAAUAUCGUACAUAUCGUUGAAUAACAAUAAUAAUUAAUAACAAAUUUUACGCGCACCCAAAAUCAGUUCGCGUGGCCGGUUGAGUUUUCGCGCGCUCGUCAUACCGCCGACCGGAAUAUAACAGCUGAGCGAUCCAAAUAUUCCAUAAUAUUACAUUAUAAUAAUUACAACCGUCAUAUAGAUCGUGUAAUCUAUGCACACGCGACAGUGAUCUUACCACCGACGUCGGAAACGCGAAGUGAAAAUCGUGGUAUAUCAUUAAAUUAUUAUAAUAUUAUUUUUGCUAUCGUGCCCACGACGCGAUCGCCGCGACCGAUGUGAACUGUACUGGCUAUGACUUUGGUCGUCGGCCACUGGUUCAGUGGUGGUGGCGGCGGUCUUGAUGCACCGGGCAGGGUGCGCGUCCGCGUUCUUGCGAAUCAGCGACGGUGUCGGCGGCCCGUUGCUGUUUCUGCUGCUACUGCAGUUGUCUUCGCUCCAGUUGUCGGUCGGGACGACGACGACGACGGCGAUCGCGUCGGGUACGACCGAUCGUUGGCGACCGCAAAGAUUUGGCGGCGGCGGUGUCAUCGACGACCGCGACGAACGGUUGCAGGACAACGAGAUCGUCGAAGACCAUCGCGUCAAACCGUCAGCUCCUCUCACACCCGUCGAACCCUUAUUCGACUAUGUGGCUUCCCUCUACAUGGAGAAGAUGGUCCGCCGCUGGGCACCUCUAAUAUGGUUGGCACCGGACGAACAAUUCCUACCGGGUUCCGUGACCGAUUUCUUGAAUCACGUGACGCCUAAGCCACGUAGCCUGUCCAACGACGUGCAGCAACACUCUAAAGUGCCAAUGGGCCCGGAUUCGCAGUCGUGGUUUUUAGUCACCAAGUCCGAAGUCGAACAACUGCUGGAAAACACUACUUCCGUACUAUACGGGCAGAAUCCGAACACGACCACCGUGCCCGUCUACGCGCACGUCACUCAAUGCGGUCAUAAACAUUUCCACGUGUCGUAUUGGCUGUUUUUCCCGUUCAGCCAGGGCAAGCCUAUAUGCACACUGGACAUGGGCUUGCUCGGUCCGCUCCCGUUGCCAGUCUUCAACAACAGGUGUUUCGGCACCCUCAAAGAGUUCGGCAGCCAUGUCGGAGACUGGGAACACAUGAGUCUCAUGUUUAAUGGCUACGACGAACCGGAAGAAAUGUACGUGUCCGUGCACGAUGCUGGCGCGUUUUAUCGGUUCGAUCGAAAUCGGCGGAAGUUCGUUUUCAACCGACAAGAGGUGCGUAAAGGCUUCUUGCAAAAACCCAAGUUUCCCGAAGUGGUGCACCUUACAGACGAGGGCAAUCAUCCGGUGUUGUUUGCGGCCAAGGGAUCUCACGGCCUAUGGACUGCUCCAGGAAAACACAAAUACGUGCGUAUACCGCGAUUGUACGACGACAGUGGCUACGGAUUUCCAUGGAAAACUUGGCUAAAAGUCGAAGUGUUGAACUCGUCGAAAAAACUUCCCAUCUGGAUGCAGUAUUACGGCAAAUGGGGAAAUCAACGCAGUAAAUGUCAUCCACUCUCCAAAAUGGGCUUGCAGAUCUGUCAGUUUACCGACGGCCCGACGGGUAUACCAAUGAAACAGCAUGAUUUCCGUUGUCAUAACGCGACCAACUAACCAUGGUUUAUGUUGGUAUCCUACUGUUGGCUGUAAGAGGAAAUCGCCGGUCGGCUGCGAUGAAUAUCAACCAUGACCUAGACGACUUUCCAGCGACAGAACGUGUUUUAGGUCAAUGUGUAUCACCGCGGCAUUGUAUUGUUAUUGUUUUUUUUUUCAUUUUUAUUAUUACUAUUAUUUAACUACACUAUAAACGUGAUGGGUCUCAAUAGUUUUAAGAACCUCAAGAAAAUCGAUAUUGCAGUGUUGCGUACUAAUGUAUUAUGCAUUUAACGUAUAGGUAUAUUGAGUGAAAGUAGGACUGCCGGAUUCUCGGAUUUCCUAAGACAAUUUUGUUUCUUUUUACAUAUAAAUUAUCUAUUUGUAUACUAUUUUAUAGCGUGUAAAGGAUCGAUGUCUGUGUGAUGUAAAUAAAAUAAUGAACAUUUGUGACUA